GUGAACAACGAAAGCUCGUGUAGCAGACGACAGACAGACGAGAAGCGAGAAGUCCAUUUUUGAGUUCCACUUUGAAGUGAACGUUAUUUUAUGUUAAUUAUUGUCACAAACAAUGACUGUCAGGGUAUUUCGCCGGAGCUUAUGCGGCCAAAUACAAGUUUUGGUUUCAGAAACUCUUGCUCGUCAAAAAAUGCAUGAGGUGGUCAACUCUGUCACAUUCACGCAUCAGCGUUUGAAUAUGUUUUCAUCUGCGUCACACAUGAAACAACAAUCAGCACCAACAUCAUCUCAAGUUCCAUCGCCUGAACCGCCACCUCCAAAAUCUCCUUCAGGAGAACAUGGAGGAAUUAAGCAGAAGUCCUUGCAUGUGACAGUGGUUUCAAGGUACAUGGAAUAUGUCAAUUCAUAUAUAAAGAUUCUGGAUCAAAAAUUCCCUGCUGCUAUGCAUGUUUAUCGAAUUUUCAUGGUGGGCACCAAAGAAUUAUUAAGAGAUAUAAAAGAGUAUUUUCGACUUGUCUCUAACAUAAAGUGGGACGACCAAGUUUUACGCCAACUAACCAGGAAAGAGCUUGAACUUUAUCAAAGUAUGCCAAAAGACAUGCUGAAAAUUUUCCCAUUCUUGGUCCUUUCUUCUCUGCCAUUUGCCAAUUAUGUAAUGUUCCCAGUGGCGUACAAAUACCCGCGUCAGCUUCUUUGUAAGCAUUUCUGGACCUUACAACAAAGAGUUGAAUUUGCAAUGCUGAACCAUAGAAAAAGGCUUUUAAAUCAGAGAGCAGUUUUUCGAAGUUUACAACUACAACUGGAUAUGCAGGCUGUGAAAAGUGAUAAAACCUUGCAUAAAAAGUGGUCUCAUGCUCUUGCCUGCCUUGGAAGUGGUCAACAUCCUCGACCUGAAAUUGUUAUUCAAUGUCUCCCACUUUUUCGAGGAGAUCCAUAUCACAUUGAUUACUUAAUGCCUUCUCAUGUGAAUGCUCUUUUGAGAUUACAUGGAAUGCAUUCUAUGUGGCGGAGGCGCAAUAGGCUUGUUCAUCAUGCUAGUUUAAUCCAUGAAAUUGAUUUGGCAAUCCUAAGGGAAGGUGGUGUUGAAACCUUGACCCAAGAUGAGAUGCGAUCGGCAUGCUUUUUAAGGGGACUAAACCCUGUAAAUAUGCGCAGUGAAGACAUGUGUGCAUGGCUCUCUCAAUGGGUGAAGAUAUCAACCCAAGUUGAUGAAACUAGUCUCUCUUUGUUACUUCAUUGCCCCGUGCUUCUGGCAUACAACAAACCCAGUAAUUGGGCUUUGUUUCACUAGUAUACUGCUCCUCAAAGAGGUUCAGCCCUUUAAGUCCCCACCUUUUGUUGUACUCCAAAGUUCUGCUUUACUGUGAUAAAUUAUAUUUAUGGAAUUGUAAAUGAAAAAUAUUAAUUUAUAGUUUGUUGUGAAUAUGAAAGAUAUUUGUCCCGACAGCCGUCUCCAAUUGAGGAAAGAUAAGGAGGCUUAUUGCCGUAAGUGGUAAUUAUCUAUGUUCAAUUUGUUCAACUGUUGUUUUGUUUUACAGAUUUGAUCUGUACGGUAUGAAAAAAGUUAUACACAUGGGCAGUUAACCAAUAUUAAUCUUUA